AUGAAGUACUGUACGCUCAUUUCAUCUCUAUUAGGCAUCGCCGGUGUCUUUUCAGCUCCUCUAUAUCCAACCGCCCCGUACGCAAAUUCAACUGGACAUCUCAUAGGAAAAACCCAGUAUCAGGGAUUCAUCCUUCCUUCAAUUGUCAAGAACCACGACAUAAACAGCAACCUCAACACCAGGUCCUCCCAAGCUGUUACCUCUCGAACAGUCAACAGUGAAACAUCGAGCCUUUUUGAAAUCCCUAUUCCUGCAAACUUGACCGGGAAGAGUUGCCAUUUGGUUAUCUCCGCGGACGUUGCCAGCAACGGUGACGCGGUUUCCGGAUCCCAGGCUAUGGACAUAUUUAGCACCAAUAUUGUAGAUCUCGUAUCAAUGAGACAAGGCAACCUCCGAAACAUACAGCAAGCUCGGAUGCGUUUCAACACCACGUCUGGACUGUAUACUUUCGACGAGACAAUACUUGCCCCAAGACUCAAGGACUUUCCCUGUCCUGCUGGUACUCAGUUGGAGUUGGAAUCCGUGGCUGUGGGCGACUAUGAUAUUAAUAACAUCAGGCAGGAUUUUAUCUAUAAUGGACAGAAAGCACCAAAUGGUUUGAGUAUUGGCUACAACUAG